AUGCAGCAGAUUCUGGCCAGUAUCCAUUGGACAUACGAAGGCUCCUUGGGACAAGAGAACUGGAAAAGGGAAUAUGUACAUUGUGGGGAGCGACUUCAAUCUCCCAUUGAUAUCGAGACCGAUGUUGUCACCUUUGACCCCUCCCUGACCCCAGUCCUGUUGAAGGGAUACAGCGACCCAGACAGAGAAGUGUUCACCCUCUCCAACAAUGGCCACACUGUGCAACUGACUUUACCGUCUGCCAUGUACGUCCAUGGUCUUUCCGUGCCCUACAGAACAACACAAAUGCACUUCCACUGGGGGAGCCAGGACCAUCCGGAGGGAUCGGAACACCUCGUGGACGGGGAGAGAGCUCAGGCUGAGAUGCACGUCGUAAACUACAAUUCGGAGAAAUACCGGAAUGUGUCGGAGGCCAUGAGCAAGGAGGAUGGGCUCCUGGUCCUGGGAAUUCGGAUGGAGGUCGGACAGGAUAUAAACCCAGCUUAUGAAAAUAUCCUGAGGUACCUGGACUCUAUAGCACAUGCAGGUCAAGAGGUCACGAUUCCUUCCUUCGACCUUCAGUCGCUCUUCCCCAAGCAGUUGGACAAGUAUUUCACGUACAGUGGCUCACUCACCACCCCACCUUGCUUCCAGUCUGUCCAGUGGAUUGUCUUCCAUCAGCCAGUGCGGCUCUCCCAGUCCCAGUUUGUGGCCUUGAAGAGCAAGUUGUUCAGCACAGGCCCCGACGCCACUCGGAAGCAACCGUUAGUGAAUAACUUUCGAAAAGCACAGCCCCUCAACGACAGAAAGAUCAGAGCUUCCUUCUCAUUGGGUUGGGCCGUUAACUUCCGAAGGGCCAUGCGUAGCUUUCUGAAAGCCCUAACGUCAAAGGUCUAUCAGUAA